AUGUCUCAUUCACGUUCAUUUGAGUCUGAAUCAGUGACUCAUUCGCAAACCCAGGGUGCCUCAUUACAUUCUUCUGGUUCCAGCGCUAAUACCGCCAGCUCUUCUAAAUUAUUCACACUUCUCAAAGGCCAAUUUGCUCAUCGACAGCUGAUCUUCCGGGCAGAAGUAGUCCAACAACCUGAGCGAUGUCGUAUGUCGGGCUUUGGAGAAAAAGACCGCCGCCCAAUAGCGCUCUUGUGUGUCUGGGGUGUACCUCUUACUUGGAGGGGAUUGCGUCCGAUACACACUCAAGUAUAUCAGUCUAUAGCAAAGCUUCUGAUCAUCAGGUCUUCUUUCCUAACAGAUCCACCACCGGUCGUUAAAUUGAGUGUAGUGGAUUCACGCGGUGGGAUUGUGGCGCCUGAAACGAUCGAUGCAGAUACACUAUUUUGCCAUGUGUCACUCCACAGUGCCGAUCGGCGGGAGCCGCGUGGUUUAGUUUACAAUCCAUCGUCUUCUAUAGUUGACCAAUUGUCAUCUCCCGUUCUGAAUGUGUCUGAUUCGGAGUUGGAAUCGUAUCCCGUACGCAAUUUGCUUGGGUCGUUGACCACUCAGGCGCGCCUUUUGCGCAACGAGUUUGGACAGCCUGGUGUUUAUUUCAUAUUUUCGGAUCUCGCAGUUCGCACCGAAGGCAGCUGGACAUGUCGUUUCUCAAUAGUAGACCUCAAUUCACCAGAUGACAAUCUUGAUGGAGAUAUGCCGGAAUUAGUAUCCACUUUCAGUGAGCCUUUUCACGUCUCUCCCGCUAAAACAUUCAGGGGAAUGUUGGACUCUACUCCCCUCACAAAGGCAUUUUCGAAUCAAGGAGUGAAGCUCAUUCUUCGCAACGUCGGUUGUUCCAAUAGCGAUGAGGCACCAUCUUCUUAA